UUGACGUGUCUUUAACAUCGGAGUACAAAUAAACGCAUCUUGGUAGAACAAGUGCAGUAAUCUUUGAUUCACCAUGGCUUCAGCUUCAGGGCAUGUUCAACCUGGUACCAGCAUUGAAGCAUUGACAAAAUUACAAGUGGAGCAUAAAGUUGGCAGUUUAAAGGAAACCAUAUUAAAGAAAAGCAGAGAGGAAUGGAGGAAUACAAAGAUCGUCUUUGUUCACAGUUGCCGAGAGAAGAAAGUUCCGGAUAAAUUAAUUGAUUGCCUUUUACGAAUACUGCGGAAGACUGAUCCUAGAACAGCGAUGCCUAAAUAUUCUGCAUACGUCUUUGUAGUCCUCACCAAAUAUGAUCUGGUUAAAGAUGAAAACAGCUUUAAAUGGUCUUCUAAUGAACCAACGGUUACUUACGAGGAGUUCCGAGAAAUUGAGAAGGAAAUUGAACAGAGGUUUAGUAUCCAAGGUUCGCUAGAAGAUAACAGAACAAGAUGGGUGAGUUAUUCCGAUGCAACAGGUAAAGACAACCCAUAUAUUGACAACAUCGCAUUGAAGUUUAUUAAACGCAUGCUUAUGGUGAGAAAAGAUGAAGUCAAGUCCGUUAAAACGGUGAUGUCAACAUGGACACUGAUGAUCUUGAACAUGAAAAAGUAUUGGCAAAAUGCCAAACGCAUCUUAAAUGAACCUCAGUUCAGCUUCUGAACAUUAAUAAUCGUCGUUGUAUUUGCUUGUUUCAUAAGAUAUGUAUACAUCAUGUUAAAUGCCCCACCGUCGGAAAACAAAAAGAGAUGAGAACACAAGAAAAUUCAAUGCCUCAUGUUAACUAGACUAACAUAAUUUAAACGACUUACAUGGGGCAUGAGUUUUUAUUUCUGAUGUUGCACUUUCAAUCUUUUUAUUGGGAAAAUUUUCAGGAUGGAAAUAAAACUUAAAAUCACUAAGGCAUAACCUUAUCUCCUAUGAAUGACGUACAUAUUGUUCUAUUUUCAAAAUUGGCGGUAUAUAAUUGCUGUAUUUUUCUGAAUAGAAAUAAUGAUAAAAAAUACUGACUGUAUAUAAAA